GGAGGAAGAAGGGAGGAGGGGAGGAGGACAGAGAUUUGGCCUCUCCCGCCCAGCUCCGCUCCGCGCACCCACGCCUCGCUGCUCCGCUUAGUGGCCCCCACCCGGGCAUGCGCCCCCCUCGCCCCCGGUCCCCCAGAGCCUGCGUCACCCCCCGGAACCACCCCAGAGCCGGCCGCGCAGGAUGGGCGCCCUCGGCCCCACGCCGCUACCGCCGCCGCCGCUGCUGCUGUUGCUGUUAAUGACUGGAGUUGGAUGUUAUGCCCGGGAGGUGUUGGUCCCCCAGGGACCCCUGUACCGUGUGGCUGGCACAGCUGUCUCCAUCUCCUGCAAUGUCAGUGGCUACGAGGGCCCUGCCCAGCAGGACUUCGAGUGGUUCCUGUACAGGCCUGAGGCUCCAGAGGCUGCACUGGGCAUUGUCAGUACAAGGGACACCCGGUUCUCCUAUGCUGUCUUCGGACCCCGCGUGGCGGCUGGUGAGGUGCAGGUGCAGCGUCUGCAGGGUGAUGCCGUAAUGCUCAAGAUUGCCCACCUUCAAGCCCAAGAUGCUGGCAUUUAUGAGUGCUACACACCCUCCACUGAUGCCCGCUACCUGGGCAGCUACAGCGGCAAGGUGGAGCUGAGAGUUCUUCCAGAUGUGCUGCAAGUAUCUGCUGCCCCUGCAGGGCCCAGAGGCCGCCAAGCCCCAACUUCACCCCCUCGCUUGACUGUGCAUGAGGGGCAGGAGCUGGCACUGGGCUGCCUGGCACGAGACACACAGAAGCACACACACUUGGCGGUGUCCUUUGGGCGCACUGUGCCCGAGGCACCAGUGGGACGAGCAACCCUGCAGGAAGUGGUGGGACUCCAUCCAGACUUGGCUGUAGAGGCCGGAGCUCCCUAUGCUGAGCGUCUGGCUGCUGGGGAGCUGCGGCUGGGCAAGGAGGGGAGUGAUCGGUACCGCAUGGUGGUGGGGGGCACCCAGGCGGAGGAUGCAGGCACCUACCACUGCACUGCUGCCGAGUGGAUUCAGGAUCCUGAUGGCAGCUGGGCCCAGAUCGGGGAGAAGCGGGCUGUCCUGGCCCACGUGGAUGUGCAGACGCUGUCCAGCCAGCUGGCCGUGGCGGUGGGGCCCGGUGAACGUCGGAUUGGCCCAGGGGAGCCCUUGGAACUGCUGUGCAAUGUGUCAGGGGCCCUGCCCCCACCAGGCCGUCAUGCUGCAUACUCUGUGGGCUGGGAGAUGGCACCAGCAGGGGCUCCUGGGCCUGGCCGCCUGGUAGCCCAGUUGGACACAGAGGGUGUGGGCAGCCUGGGCCCUGGCUAUGAGGGCCGGCACAUUGCCAUGGAGAAGAUAGCAUCCAGAACCUACCGUCUACGGCUGGAGGCGGCCAGGCCUGGGGAUGCGGGCACCUACCGUUGCCUCGCCAAAGCCUACGUUCGAGGGUCUGGGGCCCGGCUUCGUGAGGCAGCCAGUGCCCGCUCCCGGCCCCUUCCUGUGCAUGUUCGGGAAGAAGGCGUGAUGCUGGAGGCUGUGGCGUGGCUAGCGGGAAGCACAGUGUAUCGGGGGGAGACAGCCUCCCUGUUCUGCAACAUCUCUGUGCAGGGCGGACCCCCCGGCCUGCGGCUGGCUGCCAGCUGGUGGGUGGAGCGACCACAGGAAGGGGAGCUGGACCCUGCUCCUCCUGCCCAGCUGGUGGGUGGUGUGGACCAGGAUGGUGUGGCAGAGCUGGGGGUCCGGCCCGGAGGAGGCCCUGUCAGCGUGGAGCUGGUGGGGCCCCGAAGCCAUCGGCUGAGGCUGCACAGCUUAGGGCCCCAGGACGAAGGCCUCUACCACUGUGCGCCCAGCGCCUGGGUGCAGCACGCUGAUUACAGCUGGUACCAGGCGGGCAGUGCCCGCUCGGGGCCCGUCACGGUCUACCCGUACACGCAUGCCCUCGACACCCUGCUUGUGCCCCUGCUGGUGGGUACCGGGGUUGCCCUAGUCACCGGUGCCACCAUCCUUGGCGCCAUCACCUGCUGCUUCAUGAAGAGGCUGCGAAAACGAUGAUCCUUCCACUCCCCAGUUCCUGCAGGUGUCGACCGUCUUCCAGCCCAGCUCCAAGCUCUCCUCCGGUUGCCUGGAUACCUUCUCCCUCUGUUGGCCCUUCCUUUAAUUUAUUUGACCUGUCCCCACCCAGAGUGGGGGACAGGCCCCAAUUCCCCUCUUCCCUCACCCCAAGUGGAGAUCUCCCAAACUCCUUUCUCUGGCCUUCUGUUCUUGAUCCCAUACCCAUCCCAUAGGGAGGCCAUUCCCUGUCCUAGAAUUAGUUUUUCUAAAAUGUGAAUAAACUUUUUUAUAAAAUCCA